UCGCGCGAGCGGAGAGUAAAUGGACUAGGAAGCACGUUGUAGGCAGUUGUGGUCGUUGUGGUGUACUUGACCGUGUAAAUAAUGCGCGUUGUCGUCGACGGCUGGACGCUCAUCGCGCGAUCGCAACGAUGCCGACGAGGACGUUAACGGUUUGAGGCUUCGAGGGUGGCCGCGACAGUCCUCGAGAAUACAAGGAACCGUAGCGUGCCGACAGUACUCUCGUACGAGGCCCCGUGAGUGGCCUGGAGUGGCCUCGCUGACCCAAUUCCUUCGACUGCCUUCGACGCGACCGCAACCCUUUCACCGCGACCCUUUGUUUUGUUGGCGGUCACCGAGACGAACGACGACAACGACGACGAUAACGACGACGACAACGAGGACGACGACGAUGAUGAUGGUGAUGAUGACGACGAUGUUGACGUUACAUGGAUAGCUAGAGAUCCACCACGAUCUUGCAGAGAAUGGAACUCAUCUCGUAGUGCUAAUUUCUCCGGCAGGUUACCGUCGACUUGAAAAAAAUAGCUAAUCUCAGGAAAGGUUAAGUUGUGUUGGGCGAUCCGAUCGCAGGUGGAGCACGAGAGCUCCACGAACAAGCGAUCACAGACGUUACGACGAGUUGAUGAUUAAUACAUGGAUGCCGUCGGCACAUGCGGCUUCCACUUUUUCACCAGACAACGCUGACGAGAUGAAAUAUGCCUGUCCGAAUUCUCGAGUGGGAACAUGGCCCAAGGGACACAAUCACGCGUUUGUGAUUAAUCUCCAGCAGCCUGUUGCCGGGAUCCAUGCGUUCAUAUAUAGCAGUAUGUGAGACGAGUUUCACCCAAAAUGCCUCACGUCACACGAAAAUGGGAAUUAUUCCCAGGUAGGAAUCGCUUUUGUUGCGACGGCAGAGUAAUGAUGGCACCACAGACUGGAGUAUUCUAUGUCACCGUGUGCCUCAUCGUUGGAACGAGUGGAUUGUUUUUUGGUUUUGAUUGUCCAUAUCUGGCACUACAUGUUACACCAGCAAUACCAGUAAUAGGAGCUUUAUUAUUUAUAUUUGUAAUGUCUGCUUUAUUCCGCACAAGCUUCAGCGAUCCUGGAGUAAUUCCAAGAGCGACACCUGAUGAAGCAGCUUACAUUGAAAAACAAAUUGAAGUACCGAACAAUGGCAACUCUAAAACAUACAGACCUCCUCCCAGAACGAAAGAAGUCUUGAUUAGAGGACAACCAGUAAAACUGAAAUAUUGCUUUACAUGCAAGAUAUUUAGGCCACCUAGAGCCUCCCAUUGUAGUUUAUGUGACAACUGUGUAGAGAGAUUCGAUCAUCACUGUCCAUGGGUUGGUAAUUGCGUGGGCAGAAGAAAUUAUAGAUAUUUUUAUGCUUUUAUAGUAUCCCUCGCAUUUCUUUGUGUUUUUAUAUUUGUAUGUGCAGUCACGCAUAUUAUUAUGCUUACAAAAGAUAACAAGCCAUUUUUAGAAGCUGUAAAAUUAUCCCCGAGUAGUGUAAUUGUAGGAGUCGUAUGUUUCUUCUCUGUUUGGAGUAUCUUAGGCCUCGCUGGUUUUCAUACGUAUUUAACUAGCAGCAAUCAAACGACUAACGAAGAUAUUAAAGGGUCGUUCACGAAUAGAAGAGGGCAGGAUAAUUUUAAUCCUUACAGUCAAGGAAACAUUUGUGGAAAUUUUUUUUAUGUGUUAUGUGGACCGGCCCCACCUAGUUUAAUCGAUCGAAGAGGGAUAGUCACACCUGAAUAUCGCGCAGAACAUGAACGAGUUGGUGAUGAUAAUGUAAUUACUAAUAAUAAAACGUACGGUACUGCCAAAAUUGUGCAGCCUCAGUCAAACGGUACGACGGUUCAAACGAGUCCCAGUACGGAUCUUACGAGCUCGAUGAAUAACUUGAUCAGUGGUCAACAUUCUCCAAGAAUAGAGUCGAUAAACGGUGAGUUGACCCUCUUGAGACAUCCUACACGUUGUCCCGAGGAUUUACCAAAAUAUCCGCGUCAAUACAUAAACGAUACUUAUGUGCCGCCAUACCCGGCGCAACAUUGCUCUCAGGAUUCUGUGAAACAUAUUAAAUAUACCGAAGUAGACCGGUUAAAUCCAGACUUUCAAAAAUAUCCGUGUAGAUGCGAGGAUGGUUUGCACAAAUAUCCUCAUAGGUGUAGAGAGGAAUAUCAUAGGUGCUCGGAUAAUAAUCUUAUAUACGACCAGUGCAUAGGGGAACAGAAAUAUGGCAUUGAUCUUCAAAAGUAUCCUCAACGAUACUCUGAGGAUCCUUUACGUUAUAAGAUAAGUGAAAAGAACGGUUAUACCGAUCUACAAAAGUUUCCCCAGUGCUAUUCUGAAGAUCCAUUACGGCUUUCGCAAUCCCCGCAUAUGCUUAAAUAUAACAAUUUGAGAUGUGCCGAACACAGCUUAAAAUAUCCAAUAACGAGGAAUAUUCUGCCGGCGCGUAUAUUAGGCACGGGUGGCAUACCGAUUAUCGGACAGACCGCAAUUGGCCUCGUAGUCAACAGAUUCGGUUCCGGACCACUAACUAACAAUUUAUCGUAUACAGAGAAUUCGUUAUGCCCGAGUGAUAGUACGGAGGAAGAUCUUUUGAAUCGUCGUUUUAUCAUGAGUAGUACCACGAACAGUAUAAGUCAACUUGUUACCAACGAAAUACCGCUAGCGUCUCUCAAUAUAGCACCAAUUGAUAUCGAUGAAAUCGCUCCGCUGCCUUCUCGUCAGAGUGUCGUGGUCUCUUCCGCUCUGGAUACAUCUUCCAUACCAACAGUAACUGUAACAACUCCUUUAUCUGCGUCUAGACUUAGACUAUUGCAGGACACGACUAUGAUAGAGUCCGCCUUAGAUUUGGAUUCGUUGGAAGAUGCGAGCAUCGGUAAAGGAAGUCAGUCAGGUCUUAUAAAAAUAGGUGUAAUAUAAAAGUUGCAACUCGUAGAGAUUAAGAAUAAUUGAUUUCUGUUUAAUGGAUAGUGCAAUUUUAAUAUCGUGUUUUAAAACAAGGAUUGCAAUUUGUUUGCAUCCUCAUCGAAAAACAUUCACACACGAUAUGAUAAUUAAAUGGAAAUGUAGCCGUCAAUUAUCAUGAAUUGCAAGAAAUAGUAUAUUUUUACACUGUUUUAUGCUUUUUUUUUUGGCAGAAAAAGUGAUUUCGUGAAAUUUUAAAAAUUAGUAAAUUAAGUCACAAACAAAAUAUAGG